AUGAAACGUUUGAAGCAGCAGCUCUACUCUGAUCCUAUAGGACCUAUACCAGUUGAUCUACUAAUCGAUAUCUUCUCUCGAGUCCCUAGAGAGUCUAUAGCAAGGUUUCGUUGCGUAUCGAAAUCGUGGGGAUACAUACUCCGUCGUCCCGAUUUCACCGAGUUGUUUUUGACCAAGUCUUCCACUCGUCCAAGGCUCUUUUUCACCGUGAAAAUUGAUGCUGAAAAAGUUGUUCUUCUACUCAUCACCACAACCUCAAAAUCCAGAUGA